AUGAACGUCCUCCAACCGCCGCCGCCGCCGCCGAUGAUGCCGGACUAUAACGCCCUCCUCGGCACAAACGACAUCGGAGGAUUCAGAUACGGAAUCGGAGUCUCCAUCGGAGUGCUCCUCCUCAUCACCACAAUCACCCUCACCUCCUACUUCUGCACACGUAACCAGCUCUCUUCUUCACCUUCACGGUCCAACAACAACCAAGAUUCCACACUUGUCCAUCACCAUCACCACCAUGUCAUCAUCGACGUCGUCUCCGGUCUUGACGAGGACACCAUCCAGAGCUACCCGAAGAUCCUCUACUCGGAAGCCAAGGGACACUCAACGGCGUCGUGUUGUCCCAUCUGCUUAGGUGACUACAAGGGGAAGCAUCUGCUGCGGCAACUGCCAGAUUGCAGCCACCUCUUCCACCUCAAAUGUAUCGACACGUGGCUUAGACUCAAUCCUACGUGUCCUGUCUGCCGGACCUCGCCGCUUCCGACUCCUCUCUCUACUCCCCUCGCCGAGGUUGUCCCUUUAGCUUCUUCCACCGUCGCCACCACCAGGAUGUCCUAA